AUAUAUAUGUAUACGUGCUGUUGCUCUUCACCUUUCUUCUGGUUCCCACAUACCCAUCUUCCCCAACCUUUCCCAAAAAGAAAAACUUAGGGUUUUAAGCCUCACAAUUCAUACAGAUAUGUAUAUAUAUAAAACACACAAACGCAUAAAAUAAUUGCGUAUGUUGUUUAUGUAACAUCUGUGUGUUUUAUUUUCUUGUGAUAUUUUUCUUUGUUCUUGUAUUGGUUUAGAUCGUUACGCUUGAGAUAAAGGUGUUCAGUAAUUAAUUAAAAAGAUCAGCGUAAAGAAAGAAAAGGAUCAUGUGUAGUCGAGGCCAUUGGAGACCAGCAGAAGACGAGAAGCUCAAGGAUCUGGUCGAACAAUAUGGUCCUCAUAACUGGAACGCCAUAGCCCUCAAACUACCUGGUCGAUCUGGUAAGAGUUGUAGAUUGAGAUGGUUUAAUCAACUGGAUCCGAGAAUAAAUCGAAACCCUUUCACUGAAGAAGAAGAAGAAAGACUUUUAGCGGCUCACCGGAUCCAUGGGAACAGGUGGUCCAUCAUCGCUAGACUUUUCCCUGGAAGAACUGACAACGCCGUCAAGAACCAUUGGCAUGUUAUCAUGGCUCGACGCACACGUCAAACCUCCAAGCCUCGUAUUCUUACCUCCACGACUUCUUCUUUAUUGGCGACUGACCAAAUCAUGAUGGCUUCUGGUGAUCGGAAGAGAAUACUUGGGGACGGUAUCAGUUACGCUUACCAAUUCUCUCAUAUCAAUCAUCUUCAGUUCCUAGAGGAGUUCUUCACCCAAAAGAUCGCUUUCAAUACCAAAGAUGCGAUGGUAGCAAAUCAGAGUAAAAAGCCUGUGGAGUUCUACAAUUUUCUACAAGUAGAUAUGGAUUCUAACAAGAGCGAGAAUAUUGAUCAAGAUUCAGACCAAAGCAACCCCCAUGACUCGGACAACAAAAAAGAAAGUCGUGUUCCUUUCUUCGACUUUUUAUCUGUUAAAAACUCUACUUCCUAGGGUUAACUCGUUUGCAGUAUAUCCUUAUAUGUAUACGUAUGUAAGUCAUAAAUUUCUAGAUUUAACUAAUUAGUCUGUAUACUUACGAGACUUGACAUCGAUUACACGUAUGUUUGAC